ACAGAGGAAGAAAAAGAGAAAAUGGCAGCCACAGUGGCGGUACCCGUCGCCCACGCAGACCAUGAGUCCGACCGCUGUGCGAGCGAGGAGGAGUGCCGUGGUGCCGAUGCGCUAGAUGAAGGCGUUCAGCAGCAGGCGACGGGCCCCACGGCCGCAGUGGGCCACAACCGGCUGUCCAAGCUACCGCUGACCCGCAUUAAGGCCUUGAUGAAGACCGACCCAGACGUGUCCCUCGCCAGCCAGGAGUCUGUCUUCAUCAUCGCAAAAGCCACGGAGCUGUUUGUUGAGAUGAUCGCCAAAGAUGCUUUGGUAUAUGCUCAGCAAGGCAAGAGAAAAACAUUGCAAAGAAAAGACCUGGACAAUGCGAUCGAGGCCAUAGAUGAAUUUGCAUUUCUGGAAGGGCUUCUACAGGGAUGCAGUCCUCCCCAAGUGGAACAGUUUGGUUCAGAGUUGGUAGUUGUGGGGAAGAAGAAGCUGAGCCGAAAGACAAGAGCUGUUGAUGUACAGGUCAAUAUGUUCCUACCCUCACCUUUGGUCACCAACUGUGGGUCAUGA